GGCCUCCCGCGCCGGCGGCGCCGCGCGAGCUGCCGAGGGUGUGGUGGUCGGCGCCCGGGGAGUAAUUUGGGCUCAGGCUAGUUACGUCGCAGGGUCCCCCGUACCCCUCCCGCUCCCCCCGGGCCCACCCGUCCGAUUUGAUCUAGCGGCGUAAGAUACUAGCAAGCAGCUCUGGCAAACUUGACAUUUGCUGUCAGUGCAUCUGUUCGAGCAACUCCCCGCUGAACAGAAGACCGAGAAGGCAUCAUUUGAUUGCUUCCGUCGAUCCCUGUAGCCACUGCAAGCGCCGGGGCACGAGACUACUGAAUCUGAGCCUGCCAGUGCUCAUCUGCUGUCAGGUUGCUGCUUGCCCCAAAUUCACCAUGCGGUGCUUGUUAGGACUCCUCGUAGCCAGCGCGACGGCGCUCCGACCUGUGGCGCGCCGCGCGGCCCUCAAAACUCUGAGCACGCUCGUCGCGCUGCCCACCGCCGCGACCGCCAUUUCAGGAGGCGGCAAGGACUACGCCGAAGCAACCAUAAAAAACCAGAACUUCGACGGCCAGAAGCUCGACAACAAGGACUUUAGCGGCGCGGACGCGGUAGACACGAGCUUCAAGAAGGCGAGCCUCCGCGGCGCGCGCUUCUUCAAAUCCGACUGUGAAAGGGCCGAUUUUACAGGAGCCGACCUCACGGGCGCGUCCUUCGAGAGCGCCAACUUAAAAGAUGCGGUCCUCGCCGGCGCGAAAGCCGAGGGCACGGCGUUCUCGCAGACGAUCUUGGAUGCGAAGUCCUUCGAGGGCGCGGACUUCACGGAGGCGGUGGUCCAGCCCUACGUGCAGAAGGAGCUCUGCAAGCGGGUUUCUGGGAAUACGGCGGAGAGCCUCUUCUGCCCCUGA